AACAGGUUUAUCACAUGCCGUGAAUAUAUUGUAUUACUGGCUGCAUUAUUGUCAUAAUUUAAACGACCAAGUAACACGCGAGUCAGUCAGAUCAUGGUUUAGAAAGGGUUGAAUAACACGCCAGCUCUGUUUUAUUGUAUAGCAUAACGUGGAGAUGAACUGGUUUAUCAGAUAUCGUGUAAACAGUAUCAAUCAAUAUAAUCAUAUCAUGGAUUAGACAGGGAUGUUAUAACACUACAGCUCUGUUAUAUUAUAUAGGGUUUAGACAGGGUUGUUAUAACACCACAGCUCUGUUAUAUUAUAUAGGGUUUAGACAGGGUUGUAAUAACACUACCGCUCUGGUAUAUGGUAUAGUAUAGUAUAACGUGAACCAAGAUGGCCACUAAAAAUACAUGUUCUAUUUGUUUAAAUAACUUUACUAAACCUAAAUUACUGCCAUGUCAUCACACUUUCUGUCAACAAUGUAUAGAUGAUCUUAUUAAGGCUCAUGCUCAUUUCAACAAGUUUAACUGUCCAACAUGCCGGCAACAAACUGAGGUACCAUCAAGUGGUGCCAGUCAGUUUGUCACCAACUUUUAUCUAGAAGACGAUGAUGAUGAUAGACAGUAUUGUAUAAAACACAAGAAGAAAGAAAUACAAGUUUACUGUCGAGAUUGUCGUAAACCAUGUUGUUCUGUGUGUGUUAUAGUGGAUCAUACAGGGCAUGUAUUGGCGGAUAUAGAUGACGUAGACCAGGAAAUGAGAGAAAUUGUCAUGAAACUGAAAACUGAAUCAGAAAAGAAAAUAAAACAGUUACAGAAACAUUCUGACUUUCUGAAGACCAAAAUAUCUGACAUGAACAACUCGUGUAAGACAGCUUGUGAUAAAGUUCAGAAACAAAUAGACAAUAUUUGUGAAAAAGUCAGGAAAAUUGGAGGAACAAUUAAAGAUGACAUCAAUAAAAUUGGUGAAGAUGAAAACAAAAAACUCACCAAACUAGUAGAAGAUGAUAACAAGAUGACAUCUACAAUGAAAGAAUGGUGUGAAUAUUCUGAUCGUAUAUUACAACAAAGAUCUAUAAUUACCGCUGUAGAUAGACAUGGAUUAACAGAUGUUCAAACCAAAACAGAUCAAAAGAUAUCAACAAAUUUACAUGAAUCUGUAGUCAGACAUCCAUAUUAUUCUAUGGUGGAGGUAGAUUGUUUAAAACGACUACUUGGUGAAGUACAAGUACAAACAUUUACCUGUAGUUUUAGUUUGAACCAGCUGCGGAUAAGUAGGCGGUGCUAUAGUGGUGUUGCAAUAAUACAAGGAUUAUCAUGGCGUGUAAGUGUUUUAAAUGAUUCAUCAUUAUUAUAUAUUGGUCUGACAUGGAACGAAGCAGAAGAUAAAACUAUUAAAACUAUUACAGGUAGUUAUACAGUAAACCUGUUAAAUAUCAAUGAUGAGAGUAAAUCACUAGUUAAACAAGAUACAGGUACACGUAUACCUGAUGAUGUAUACGCUGGUGUAUUUAUAGAAUGGGGUAAAAAGAAUGGUUAUAUUGAUGACAACAUGACGUUUACUGUACAAGUUACUGUACACAUCACUGAUAAAGAACGAUAUUGAAGACAUAUAAUAAACAAUAACAGUUAUAUAGUAAACAUUACUACGUCAUAAACAAUAUGUUACAUGUUAUUGUAAAUGUAACUUACAACUGAUCCGUACGUAGUUUGAGGUGUUUGUGUUUAUUGUGUCAUGUGUGCAAAUUUUAUUUUGUGGCAACAUUAUGUGGGCAGGAUAUUUGUACAAAUGCCCUGUGUUUACAUGCGGAAUUGUUUAUGUGCACGAUUCGGGUAUAUUUGGUCCAAAAUGUGUUUCGGCGAUUAGGAGGGAACAAUGCGUAUAACUAUAAGUGUCGUGUACACGGUGAGUUAUACUUAGACUUUCUAGAACAUUUAAUAUCACUUCUUAUUAAGUUAAAUAAGUAAAAUAUGCAUUAUACAAUAUCUUUAUCUGCCUAUUGUGGAUCUUUUGUUGGCUACAAACGUUAUAUAAAAUAUUAAUUAGGUAUAUAUAAUCAUAAAUAUUAAUUAGGCAUAUAUAAACAUGCCACGCCCAUAAUGAACUCUCUAGAUCAUCGGUUGGCCUUGACAUUGAAUGACUUGGAACAAUCACCCAAUUUAAUAACUUUACGUUUAUAUUAAUAUGGUUAAUCAAGACUUUGUUUAUUAUCGUAGUAACGGUACAUGACAAACGAGACUAUUAAAAGGUCCGUAGUACUGUUUUCAGGGGGUUGUAGCUUAUUCCAACACUAACGACGAGAACUCAGAUCAAUAAUUAAAAUUGUACUUUUAAUAAACGAGUGUAUAAAACUGGCUAACGGUAACAAUAACGAGAUAGGUAGGGAGAGCAGGACACCUGUCCAAUGUUACAGAAGAAUAUAGAACACGUAAACAUAUGAAAUGAGAUGGGGUUUAACGUCCUACUAUUCUGCUCCGACUGGGCUAAUGAAGACCGGCUUACGACAUACAGUGUGCUAUGUGGGAAAUUUUGCCCAAACAGCGGAAUUACAGCUUACUCUUAUAUAGAAUUCCAACUGCCAAGGGAUUUUUUACGUGCACGCCAAUGUGUACGCGGGACCUCGGUUUUUAGUCUCAUCCGAACGACCAGGCAGCUGUCCUUGUCAGGCCCUCUGACUUGAACAUCUGACAAUGGGAAACCACGCGAGAAAAUGAACAUAUAAACAAGUUUAGGAUUAAAAUGAUUUUAAUUGAUAAAAUGUUAAAUUGCACGUAAGAAACAGAUGUAUAAACAUAGGAAAUGAUAUGGACAUAGUAAGAGGUAGAAAGCGUGUUAACUACAAUUACGUAAUAUGUAUGGUUACAUUAAGUAUAAACUCAAACAGACUUUAUAUCAAUUUGAACGUUGAUCAAUUUCUAUGACUAAAAUUAAAUAUUAAUAUAUUACAUACAAAGAUACAUUAUAACAAAACCUUCAAACACUCAUAACUUCACUCAGAAUUAAGUAAUUUGACGGAAAUUUUCAAUAUAUUCAUGUUUCUAUUACCAAUGUUUGAACUAUUAUAGCAGAGUAAAUUGGUAGAUCUACUCCAUUAUUGUAGAAUUGUUCAUAUUAAUUGUUUUUAUUUUAUAUUCAUAAAUGUUUUAAUUUCAUUA